UAUAAAACGAAACGGCAGAUGACUCAAAAUCUCGCCCCGUCUCUCCCUCGUUUCUCCCCAAUUUCUCCCUCAACUCAAGCGAGAGUCCCCCUCGACGCGAUUGCGGAGGAGAUCGAAUCUCGAAUCUCUGCGGACGGAGCGGUUCCGAUCCCAUUUGUUGUAGAGUCCGUGGGUGAUCUUUUCUUACCUGUCUUGCGAAACAAAACAUUGCUUGAUAGCUUGCCCUCUGUUUUCCCCUUUAAGCUCAAUAUAGGAUUUGUUGUUCACAGUAGAUUAAACUGACAAGCUAUAAGGACUCGGAGGAAUUGUUGUUACUCCACAGAUUUCUUGGUCUUGGUAAGUAGCCAUCAUUACAAUCAUCCAGUGACGUACUUCAUGAUAUCAAGUUUCUGUUUCAUGCGAAUACUAAUGAGUUCUCUCCUAAAGCUUUUCACUGUUGGAAUUGGCAUGUUUUCAAUUGCAGUACGAUAUUAAUUGAUGCAUAUUUGUCUUCAUGUACUAGACAAAUUCCAAUCUUGUUGGCAAAUUUGGAAAUCAGAUUCAGAUAGAAUGAUAAGUAUAAUUUCCUUUGUCUAAAUCAAGAAGAAGCAGAAUUUUGUUUGUGUUAAUAUGGCAAAAUAAUGCAUCUACGUUUGUUAAUGUAAGUCAUUUAAGAAAAAUCCAGAUUAUUCAGAAUAAUUAAAGUUUUACAGGAAGUACGAUGUAUAAAUGCCCAAGUAGCUGUCUCUGCUUACGUUAAGUUUUUAAUUCGUCUUCAGCUUAGGUCUUUCAGGUACUCAUUAGGAGUCAUUCUAUUUGAAGGGUAUCAGCAUUUUGGUAUAUUAAUUGAGCAUGGUGAUCAACCUAUGAGUAGGAUUGGAUCAAAUGAACUUUUUAGGACAUAUGCCGCCUAAGUAUGCUUAUGUGCAACUUCUUCUAUAACUAGAAUACAAUCAAUGAUGAUUUUUUAUACCAUUUUUGGAAAUAGAUUUACCUAAAUGUGUUGUUGUUUCUGUGUUGGAAUUGUCAAACUAAUAAUGGAGAAUAUAGAGAGAAAUAAAAUAUCAUGUAGAUGGUUAUUGUCAAAAUUUGGGCACAAAAGGUGAGAAUGCCUCUGAGGAAAGCUUGCCACCUGGCAAUAUAACAAACUUUGGAUAGUCAGUAAGCAAUUAAACUACCUCAUGCCUUAAAAGCAAUAGGCAUUCUUCUCCUCCUCCUCCUUCUCCUUCUUCUUUCCCUUUUGAUUUGAAAGUCAAAAUGACAUUGGUAUCAAAUGAUGGGUGUGCAUCACAUUGGUCAAAUCCCUUUAGAAUUGUGAGUUAUUGCAGCCUAGGCGUGCAUUUAGUUUAGUUUUCUGACUAUACUGUUGAGGUAGUUGCCAUAAUUUAAAUUUCUCCGUGGAAAGCGUCGUCUUUUAGUUUCUUGAUAUUCAAGAGAUGGUUGGAGUUCACAGUGAACUUGAGAGCUUUCUUCGACCUUUAUACCAAAAGCUGACAAUGAUUCUCUAUAGAAUAUUUCUAUGGAUAAGUUCUUCACCUGAUCAUACCGGAGAUGAUUGAGACGGCACAGAAUUAGGCUGUGAUUGUGUAACUAGAACUCUUCAGGUUAUAACAUGACUACUCUUAAUUGGUUGCCAGAGUUCUUGACGAAAAAAGAAGAUGUGAUUGUGAUGAUUAAGUAUAGACAAAUCACAAGCUUAUAGGAGUGUGUGCGUUUUUCUGUUUAACGAGGUUUACAUAUAGAAGUGGGAUCUGAUUCAGUUUUUGGUUGAAUAACCGUAAUAAUUGGUAUCAUCUAUUAAUUGGAUCUGCUACUAAAUUCCCGAAAUUACGAUGUCAUACUUGUAUUGAAGCGUUUACAGUACAAAAUGUACGCCACAGCUUUAACUGAUUGAUUUUAAUAUCAAUUCUGGAGUUUCUUUGAUUCCAUAUGCAACCAUUUUGUGGUUUACCAUUGCUUUCAAGACUAUCAACAUAGUAUUAUGCAAUUAAUAUUUAAUUGUCGCUUCUAUAUGGGCAUUCUAAUUAGUUCAAUAUGCUGAGUAAAUACUACAGUGUAUGCAAGAUGGCUGGUGUGAAAAGAAGGGCUUAUAAAGAUUCAGAUAUUCGUGCUAUUCACAAAGAGUUGGAUGAGGUGUCUUGUCCUAUCUGCAUGGACCAUCCACAUAAUGCUGUUCUCCUACAAUGCAGCUCACAUGAAAAGGGAUGCAGAUCUUAUAUAUGUGAUACAAGUUACCGACAUUCAAAUUGCCUAGACAGGUUUAAGAAACUAAGAGUCAAUUCUAGGUGCAGUCCAACUUUACCUAAUACUUUGCCUAGAAAUGCAGACCAUUCUAAUGAUACUUCUGGUAGGACUUCGUCAAACAAUGCAAUUCAUUUUAAUGAUAUUGAUAAUACAAAUGGAAAUCACAGUGCAACAGUUAGUGGAUCACUUGAGGGGCAUGGGGAUGAUAACAACGGAGAAAAUCACAUUCAGAAUAAUGUUGCAAGUGUGGAAGUUGAAAUGGAGGGUGAUCUGGAGAAUGGUAAUGUUGAGUCCUUGCAAGAGAGGCCCGAUCUUCAAGUGGCUAAUGGGGAAGACUCAACAGAAUCAAAGGUUGAUAUGCAAUGCCCAUUAUGCCGUGGAGCCAUAUUAGGCUGGGAGGUUGUUGAAGAAGCCAGAAGAUAUCUCAACCUGAAGAAGAGAAGUUGCUCACGUGAGGCAUGCUCGUUUCAAGGGAACUAUCAAGAAUUACGGAGGCAUGCUCGUAGGGUACACCCUGCUAUCCGACCUUCUGAUAUUGACCCAUCUAGAGAGCGAGCUUGGCGACGCCUCGAGCACCAGAGAGAAUAUGGUGACAUUGUCAGUGCCAUACGUUCUGCUAUGCCGGGUGCUAUAGUUGUAGGGGAUUAUGUGAUUGAAAAUGGAGAUAGAUAUGCUGUUGACAGGGAAAAUGGCUCAGGUGAAGUCAAUGGACCUUGGUGGACUACUUUCUUUUUGUUUCAGAUGAUUGGCUCCAUGGAUUCUUCAGGUGAGCCAAGAUCAAGGGCAAGGGCUUGGAUGAGGCAUAGACGCCCGGGAGGAUCUGAAAGGAGGCUUCUUUGGGGUGAGAACCUGUUGGGUUUGCAGGAUGAUGAUGAAGAUGACGAUGACAAUGAUAGUGAUGAUGGGAUCCAUGUGCUAAGUGAUGGGGGUGAAGAUGCAUCUCCAAUCCCUAGAAGACGUAGACGUUUGAUGCGCUCAAGGUCUGAUGAGGAUCGGUCGUGAUGCAGGCCUGCUUUUAUGUGAUGUGCAGAAGCUGCCUUCCAACGGAGCAGGAUCUUUGUUGUUCUCAAAAGCACCUUGCUUGAAAGCUGCCAACUGGUAUGGAGCAUCAGUAUGAAGUUUCAAGAGUGGUCUGAAGGAAGAAGUUCGUAUGGCGUCGUCUCACAAUUUAGUAUCUGGGUCCAGAAUGCGUGAACUUCCUGUGUCUGGAGUUCAUGCAUUUCAGUUCCCCUUCUUCUAUAGUAGAUAUCCUUAUCUCAUGUUUAAGCUAUAUGCGAAUAUUUAUUGGUUUGUUUCCAUCUUUGUAACUCAAUGUCUUAUCUUUCUUGGAGAAGGAUUGGAAGACUUAAAUUUGUGUAUAUUGUACAGUUAUUCUCAUCAUUCAUGGUUUAUCCAGUUCUCUUUACUGGGUGGUUAA